AUGGAAAGCAAUCAUAACCCAGUCGAUGCGAUUCUAGACAAAGAAAGCUUUAGGAAGACUCUUCUUCUGUACCGGAGUAGUUCUGGACGUGAUCUUGAAGUCAGGUUGAUUUCGAGAGAUCAGAAUCUCCUAAAUUGGGCAGAAUAUGACAUCAGCCCCUCAGAACUGCCAUGGAAAGCGCUCGAACAAGCUAUCUUUGUCAAAGAUGUGUCGAGAAUUGAAAAACUCUUUCAAACUUGGGCUUAUGACACCUCAAUACUUAGUCCAAGCCAACGAAGAGCAGAGCUUGAGCGACUUCUCUUCGCUGCUGUGAGUUCGGGUGACAGAGCCACUGUCAAACUUUUGCUUUCAAAAGGCGUGCAAAACCUAUCGUCCUAUGGUCUCCCCCGCGGAGAGCCACUUAUCACAACUGGUGGUACCUUCGAGGAGAUCUUGGACGACAUUGCACAGGGAGGUCAAUCCGCUUUUGACCGGCAAGAAAGGUUAUUCGGCUGGCUUCUGAGGAAUGGCGCCAACCCUAAUCCCUCCCAUGGCUACCCACCCUUGCUAAGAGGAGCUGCAAAAUGCUCGAGUUCAGCGAUGCAACUACUUUUUGAUUCGGGAGCAGAAUUCAAUGAUCAAGCUAUCUUUUGGGCCGUUCGAAGAUACAAAGGUGAUCCUGAAAAAAUACCAGUACUUCGGCUUUUGAUCCAGCAUGGUGCGGACGUCAAUCUCGUUCAUCCCGGUGAGAGACUCGGGCUUAGCAGCGCACUCCGAUUUAGCUGGGUAUAUCGUUAUACCCCGCUAAUUUUAGCAAUUCAGUUACAAGACGUAGAUACUGUGGAAUUUCUUAUCCAGAGUGGCGCAGAUGUCAAUUUGAGAUGGAUUCUCAACGGCGAGGAAAAGUUAUCACCUCUGGAGUUUAUGUUGAUUUCUGAAAAUGAGGAGUUGAAAACAAUGGGGGCUUACUUUCAGCAACUGGAGGAGUAA